AUGGUUUUCAUAUUCAUGACUUUCUUGGUAUUUGGUCUCGUGAAUGGCAAUGCAAAUCGGUUUCACUGGUAUGAAUUACCAAAUGCUUAUCUGGGCAACUUUUUCGUCAGGGAGGACACUUUAAGAGAUUCACUGGGUUUCGCUGCUUGGUUCGAUCCAUAUUUUAAGAACGAGCCGAAUCUUGGGGCGGCGAUUGAUAGAUGUGAGAAUCACAAUCUGCGUAGAUUAUUUAUUUCGCCUGAUCAAGCAGCAGCUAUAACAUGUUAUACAUCUGGGACUCGACUCCCUACAUCACUCAAUUACGCGUUGCGAAGUCUCGAUAAAGCGCUCAUAACUGCAUGGACACCGUAUCUUCAAUUUUUUCAUCUAGGUGUACAAAAUUUACCCGAAGAAACUCCGCCUGAAUUGUGUCGUGGUGAUCCAUUUGUAUAUUCUGCCGUAAAUCACUCAUAUGUAACCCUACCAUUAUCAUGGUCUAAUUCAGCAGCGUAUUGUGACAUGCGCUCUUAUGCAUCUGGUGGACCCUGUACAAAAAUCAUAUUACUACAACCCUUCCGUUCGACAAAACGAUUGGACACUUAUGCGUCUUUUGAUGAGAAAGAAUGGAUUACGUUACCAGGAACAGUAGGACAGAUCCAAGACAUCAUCCCGCAAAACGGAGGUGUUUGUCGUAUUAUUCGAGUGCGGCAAGUCAAUCCUAUUCAGGUUUCGUAG